AUGGCCAAAAUUAAGGCUCGGGACCUUCGCGGCAAGAAGAAGGAGGAGCUGCUCAAACAGCUGGACGACUUGAAGGUGGAGCUGUCCCAGCUGCGCGUGGCCAAAGUGACAGGCGGCGCCGCUUCCAAGCUUUCUAAGAUCCGAGUUGUUCGCAAGUCUAUCGCCCGUGUUCUUACCGUCAUCAACCAGACUCAGAAAGAGAACCUCAGGAAAUUCUACAAGGGCAAGAAGUACAAGCCCCUGGACCUGCGCCCCAAGAAAACCCGCGCCAUGCGCCGCCGGCUCAACAAGCACGAGGAGAACCUCAAGACCAAGAAGCAGCAGCGGAAGGAGCGGCUGUACCCCCUCCGGAAGUACGCGGUCAAGGCCUGA